UGGGUGACCCAGAGCUGCGAUUCUGAUGCGCAACAUUCUACUGUUGCUCCAGCUCUCAACUUGGCCAGAGGCCGCCCAGCCUGUCAGUCCUCCACUUACUCACAUCCAAGAGAUCCGUCAGCCGGCAAAGCUGUCGAUGGGAACUCUGACGGGGUCUUUUUUCAUGGCUCCUGCACCCAUACCAACUCUGAAGAUGGACCGUGGUGGUAUGUGGACCUGGGGGAGCAGUAUUCCAUCUCCUCCGUGGUGGUGAAGAACCGCGUGGACUGCUGCGGCAGUAGACUCCUGGGAGCCCAGAUCCGCGUGGGAGACUCUGUGGCUGACCAUGGAAAGUCCAACCCCCUCUGUGGGAAGAUUACAGAUUACAAUUGUGGCUCCAUCAGUACCUUCCAUUGCCAGGGGAUGAAGGGUCGCUAUGUGAGCGUGAACCACCCCGGAGAACCAGCUAUCCUGACACUGUGUGAGGUGGAAGUCUAUGGGACAAAGUUGGAGGAUGAGCCUUAGGGAU